CUCAAGAGAGCCCCAGGAGGCCCCAGGUAGCUCCCAAGAGGCUUCAAACAUGGCUCAAGACGCCUCCAAGAGCAUCCGUAGCCAUUUUGGCUCGAGCCAUUCUGGCUCAAGUGCCUCUGUCUCGAGCAGUUGUGGAGCAGAUCUUUUCUCGUACCUCAGCUCUUUCCAUCGUGCCCCGCUCAUGAUCUGGCCUCGCAUGGGAGUUGCCGCGCUGGUCCUCAGCGCCCUGAACGCUUGCGUCGCCUCCGGCCUGCUGCUGCCGUGGGAUGGUGAUUUUGUUGUCGACGAGUUGGGGGUGGGCGAUCUUGAGGGAGACGAUCCAACUGUGGAUCCCUCGAGCGUGAGGUCUGUGAACUUGAGGUCUGUGAACUUGCAGCAUCCCUACCAGGCAACGUCGCCCGACUUCUACGUCAAGCUGCAAGACGAGAUGACAGAACGGCAUGCCGCAGUUGCUAAAUCUCACGCUGAAGCUCAGCACGGGCGUCCCCCCCCCCCCCAAGAGCAUCGACAUCGCCUUCAGCCUGACAGAGGGUGCCGAUCUCCCUGCCUGGGCCCACGACAUCCUCAGCGGAUCCUGGGGGAUCGGCCUGUCAUUGACCGUUUAUGUGAAGACGGACGGGUUGGGCAGAGAUGAAGAGGUCGUCCUCGAGCGUAGACGAGGUUUCGAGAAAGUGGCGAUCGCAAAUAUCGGAAGGAACGAACACGCGUAUGUAAAACACUUGGCGCGGAGAUACAAUACCUUUCCAGAUGUCCAGAUAUUGACCAAGACGAAUGGAGUAUCUCCCGACAUGAUAAGGUCCAUGGUGGAUGCAAAUCGAAAUGGUUCCUAUGGUUUCAUCUCCCACCCAUGGGUGUUUCAACGCCGUUACCUAACAGUGCGGUGCGACAGUGCGUGGGAGAACCAUGCAUUGUUUCCUGAAUUCUGUCACGGCAAUACGGGCAGCGGCACAAUUCGCCCUGUCAAGGAGUUGCCUGGCUGGCUGGUAAUUCGCCCUGCUAGAGUUCAACCGGAUUAUUGCGAUUUGAGUUGGCCGCUUUUCAACAGACAAGGGCGGCUCCCAUUCUUACAUGAAACUCACGGCGAGGGCACAUUCUCGAUUCGCCGCGAUGUGUUGGCACAGUUUCCGCACGAUUGGUACCUUACUUGGAGCAAUCUCACGUACAGAUGUGCCAUUCCUGGCUACAUGGGAAAGCAUCACGACGAUGCCAUGAUGGAGGUUUUCCCUUUAGUGUUCAGCAAGGAAAGGUACAUGUCGGACUUUCCCGUGUACCACAUCUCGCCGAGCACUGUAGCCUUGUACGACAAGAACUGACAGGGGUCAUAUAUGCCUCCAAAGAGUUUUCCCUCUUGACGCACUUGGCUCAAGAGGAGAGCGCUUGUUGACUCAAUAACCAACGUGCGCUUAUCGACCAAUUGAUUGGCGUUUUGACGCCGAAAGCUUCGCCAGUAGAAUGUCACUACUGACAAAAAAAGAGCCCCC